AUGGCAUCUCUGGGGUCGUCUGUGCCUUUGUUGCGGAGGUUCACUCCGCGACUAUCCAAAGAACUUUUCACCUGUCGCCAAUGUCUAGUCCGCAGCCAGAGUUAUGCGACCAAGUCUCCGUUCCGCAACCCCUCUGCAGCUUCGCCCUUUGCGCGCACCUCUCGGACCAAUUCUCCGACCUUGUCCGCAAAGUACGGGUCGCCUUUCUCGUCGGUAUUCAGAAGAUCAGCAUCGGGAUCGGCAGCUUCCAAUGCCGCGGAGGCCGAAGCAUCCAAAGCGAAGUCGAGCUUUCCGCAAGUGAGCGAUAAGAUAGUAGCCUACUGGCUGCUGGGAAGUGCAGCCAGCGUCUUUGGUAUCGUUGUUUUCGGAGGUCUUACGCGAUUGACGGAAUCUGGCAUCACAGAAUGGCGUCCCGUCACCGGAUCCCUUCCUCCCAUGAACGCCGAAGAUUGGGAGUCCGAAUUUGCCAAGUACCGCAACUCUCCUGAAUUUCAGCUGUUGAACCCGAACAUGACCCUCUCCGAAUUCAAGUCGAUCUACUACAUGGAAUGGAUUCACCGUCUCUGGGGCCGCUUCGUCGGAUUGUCGUUUGUGAUUCCCGCUGUCUACUUUGUCGCGAGGAAGAAGGUUGCGAAGCCUAUGGCUCUGCGUCUGGCCGGCAUCGCAGGAUUGAUCGGUUUCCAAGGAUUCAUCGGUUGGUGGAUGGUCAAGUCCGGACUGAAGGACGACCUUUUUGCCCCGGGAAGUCACCCCCGUGUCAGUCAGUAUCGUCUGACGGCUCACCUGGGUGCUGCAUUUGUCUGCUACGUCGCCAUGCUCUGGAACGGUCUUGCUAUUCUUCGGUCCCAUCGCUUGCUCGCUGAUCCCGAAGCCGGUAUGAAGCUUCUGGACUCGCUCCGGGAUCCCAAACUCAAGCUCUUCCGCCGCUCUGUUGCUGGUCUUGCCGCUCUGGUGUUUGUCACGGCGAUGUCCGGAGCCCUGGUUGCCGGUCUGGAUGCUGGUCUCAUCUACAAUGAGUUCCCGUACAUGGGCAACGGAUUGGCUCCGCCGAAGGCCGAGUUGUUCGACGAGAGAUACUCGCGUCACGAGGAUCGGUCUGACCUCUGGUGGAGAAACAUGCUCGAGAACCCUGCUCUGGUGCAGCUGGAUCACCGUAUCAUGGCUAUGACGACUUUCACCAGCAUCAUGGCUCUGUGGGCCUACACCCGCGGGUCGCCAGCGAUGAAGCGCCUCCUCCCGCCUGCUGCUAAGAAGGGCGUCCACGGAGUUGUUGCUUUCGCCUUCAUGCAGGUCGGUCUUGGAAUUUCCACCUUGCUCUAUCUUGUUCCCACUCCCUUGGCCUCUGCCCACCAGGCUGGAAGUUUGUUCCUUCUGACCUGGGUGCUGGUCCUGGGAAGCCGUGUCUGGCAUCCGUCGCGGACCGCGAAGCUGCUCCAAAUGGCUGCGAAGGCUCGAAGCCAGGCUGCAGCCAGUGCAGCUACCCAUGGCCCUCGCCGACUGUGA